AUGAGACGAUUUCACACUCUCCCGAAAAUACCUUAUAUACCGGAUGCAAAAUAUCGACGGCAACAAACAGGCGAUUUAGAGACAAAUUUUGAUCCAUGCAAAAUCACACAGCUUUGUCAAAAUGGUGGUACAUGCGUAUCAAAAAAAGGAGCCUACUACUGUCAGUGCCUUCCAACUUAUUAUGGAAAAACCUGCGAAUUUUUGGCGAACCAAACAAGUUGCAAGGAAAAUUUGUGUCAAAACGAUGCGACGUGCUACAGUAUCCAACAAAAGCGUCAGAUUGUGACUACUAUGGAAAAGAACGAAGAUAUGCAAAAUUUUACUGAUACAAAAGUGAUACAAUGGGUUCGAUAUGAGUGUUGGUGUCGGCAGGGUUUCACGGGUUCAUUGUGCGAAUAUUCGGAAGAGUUGCGCGAAUGUGAGCAAGAUUAUUGUUUACAUAAAGGAGUAGGCAAAUUGAUGAAUUCUACGGAUGGUACCGCAGAAUGUGAUUGCCAGUGCCAAGAACAUCAUACUGGAAAAAGAUGUGAAAUCGUGUUACCAUGUAAAGACUAUAGCUGUUUCAACGGUGGUGUCUGUAUGAAUGAACCUGUUAUGAACAAUACUGAUGGAGAAUUGACCUAUAAGGCCAGGUGUAAUUGUCCGCCACGUAAUAUUUAUGGAGUUGCUAUCAAUUUUGAAGGUGAACAGUGCGAACGAUUAACGGUUGUCGAUAAUGAAAGGAUCCAUGAUGAAUGUUUCCCAUGCCGAAAGAACGCGAAGAAUUAUGCAAUUGAUUGCUUGGACAAAUAUACUCAGAAUACGACGUUGGGAUAUAUGGAAGAGAUUCUUAAAGCUUGCGGCAAGCCAUGCGAAUCCGCAGCACGAUUUUGUCUCAAUGGAGGUCUGUGCAAUGCCGAAGGACGUCUUGACGACGAUAACAGAACAUCUUAUAUAAUUCCGGUUUGUCAAUGCGUUGGUUUAGAUGAAGGGAUUCUUUGUGAAAGACAUGUAAACUCACCAUGCGAUGCAACUACAUAUGAUCCACGUACGCCCGAAGAAAAGUGUGGCGAGCACGGUACCUGUGUCGGUAAGACAAUGCACGACUACGUAUGUGACUGUUAUGGUGGUUGGACCGGAGAAAAAUGUGAUAUUGAAGAACCAUGCUACAACAAUGCCUGUUCACCUGGUAGUUUAUGUGUUUCGGUACCGAUCGAACAGCGUGAAAAGUAUUCUCUGGGAUAUACUUGCCUAUGUGCGAUAAACCAGGAUCCCGACUUCACUGGAUCCAACAACACGGUCAAGUGCAUAAAAACCGAUUUUGGUAUAUGUACCAAUCACGUAUGCAAGAACGAUGGUCUUUGCUACUCCUGCGAGACGUCUGAUCUGAAUAAUUUACAGCUUUGUUCCGACGAAGAGAAACGUCGAGGAUUCAGGUGUCUAUGCCCACACGGUCUACUAUCCCCAUUUUGUGAGAAAGAAGCAGAUGCAUGUGAUCGAAACAAAUGUCAGAACGGAGCAGAAUGCACUGUCGAUCCAGAAAACGAAUUUAAUUAUAUAUGCCGCUGCCGUCUUGGUUUCAGUGGUACAUUUUGCGAACAAAAGUUAUCUCCGUGCAUAAUGCAAGGUGAGAUAAUGAACCAGGAGAAGCCUACAAGUUGUGGUUUACAAAUUUGUAUGAUGGGUACUUGUACACCAGACAGUAAUUUUGUGCGUGGUUUCCGGUGCGAUUGCGUUGAUGGUUACGAAGGCGUCAACUGCGAUUCACUCAAGAGAACUGAUAUUGCGGGCUUCAUUCGCAGAAAUUAUUGGUGGACAUAUCCGUCUAUCGUUGGACUUAUCCUUACACCAAUGGUUGCUAUUCUUAUUAUUCUGUCGGAAAACCGUGCUAAGCGAGAGUACGAGUAUAAAUUAGCUGAGAAACGGUAUCUGGAAGAGGCUAAACAACGUCAGAAAAAAAUAAACGAGGAAAAAUGUUCGGAUUUUGGAACUGCAGGAACGCAAAUGAGUACGACCCAAAAAUACAAUAGCACUGAAAUUUAA